AUGGCUCGAGAACAACUGUAUGUCCGUGUGGAGAGGGCAAACUGUAACUGCUGCCUGACAACACGCCCAAAAACUAAUCUUCACUGUGUGAAAGCUGAACACACAGAGCCUCUAGGAGAAAACAUGGAGAAUGUCUUCAUGACUGGUGCCGUAAAGGAGCCGGCCAAAACUCACCAAAACCAAGAUGGUCACGAGAGUGACCUCUGGUCAUGCUCACCGCUACACUCCCACCAGUGCCAUGAGAGUUAUGAGUGCCAUGGCCACCUUCCCAGGAAGCUGGCCAGUGGGAUUGGGGCACAGCAGGCAGGACCCAGCACCCCCAACACCCAUGGGGUCCUCCGCCUGGACCAUCCAAAAGAAGGCGCCUGGUUCUGCAGCUCAGUGAUGUGGCCGCCCCCUGAUUCCCUGAUUUCCUGGCAGCAGGCUGCAGCCAGAACUGCCUCUGAGCCUCGGAGCCGCACAGCUCUGGCCCCUAGAGGAGAGGGUGUGCUGGUUAUGAGAAACGGGGAGGGUGUGGAGGGCCCCAGGAGCGAGAGGGUUCUGAGGCCUGAGCUGAGGAAUUCGGAGGCCCAGGGCGGGGUUAGGCCUGGAGUUCGCGGGUGGGGGGCGGGUCUGAGGUUCCGAGGUGGGGGUGUCGUGCUCACCGGGGACUGGGUCAGUGGCUCCCAUCGCGCCCCCGUCCGCAUUGGCGCCGCCCAGCGUCCUGCGGUUGCCCAGAGCAACGUGCUGGGGCGGCCCCUAGCAUUGUGCACGCCGCGGACGCCGGCGGCUGGCUCGGGGCGUGGGGCUACACGGACGGCGGGGGACGCGAGGGACGCGAGGGGCGCGGGGGGCGGCGGCGCGCGGGGGCCUCGGGACCUGAUGGGCAGCAGUCGGCGGCGUUGGAUUCCCAGUCCAGGUCCCAGGCAGCUGUUGGAGCAGGCGCGGCUGCCUGGGGCGCGCCAUGGUGCCUACUGGGGAGGGCCUGGCUGUAGCCCAAAGUUAUAUGCUGCGGCCCCGCACCCCGCUGUGGGCGUCACACUCAAUCCCCCACCAUGUCACAAAGACCCGCGGGUCAAACCCUGCCCCUCCCUCUCAGCCCCCGAGCCUUGCCGGGCGUUCCCGCCCUUCCUCGAGGCUCUCACGCCGCCCUCUCUCCCUGGGCCGGGCCCCCACGCGAGGCUGGAGGGGCGGAUACCCCAAAAGGGAGGCUCUGGCCAGACUCUGAAGGGGCUGAUGGGGAUUGAAGUGGGGUCUCGAUGCCUUCAGACCUUGGGUGAGCUGACCCUGCCAAGACCCAACAUUGAAUAGCCACAGCCACGUCUACAAGUCGGCGUUUAUUGCUCAAGCGUAUUAAACAAAAAUGUAGAUUGAAA